AUGAAGUCCGAAGCAGCCGAAGCCUUUACAUCCAAGACAAUGAGGCCGGAAGCACUGGAGGCUGCCAAAGCAUUGGCAGAUCAGGAAAACAGACAGCCAGCGUCAACUGGCUCGUCUGGCACAGAGCAUUCGCUGCCUCAAGAUACCCCAAACAACGUUCCAACUACGGUGACACACUCACCCUCGCCCUCACACGACACGGUACGCAGCACACACGACACUGCUGGUGAUGCCUCGAGAGCGUCGACCCUCCUCUCCGAAGUGAUUCAGGGUGCCAAGACUGCUGUUGGCGACGUCCUAGCUUGGGCUGAGAAGAAGGUCGGUAGUUUGGACUCAGAGAAAGGCGGUGCAGGACCCUACGACUCGCCAGCUACAUGCAUGCCUUCCGAUCUCGAUGCUAUUGCGAGCGGCAUCUUGCCUGCCAUGCCAAGCAAGAGCCAACGUGACGGCGGUGCUAUGGCAAAAGGAAAGGAGAUACAGGAUACAAUAUCUGGAAAGGAAAAAGACAAGCGUCGGGGUUAG